AUUCUCAUGCAUGAGAUCAAUUGAGAUACCUUGUAUGUGAGCUAUACAUGGCAUGGUUUGCCUCUAUAAAUAACUCACUUCUAAUAAAAUUUUUAUCCAUCAACCUCAUUUUACUUAAGCCUAAGGUUUCAAUAACUACAUAUGGCUUCCAAAUUAUUCUAUUUUUGGCUAAUCUUUUCUAUCUUAUCACUUUUUGUAUGUAGUAGUAAUGCAUGGCUUAGGCCAAACUUUUAUGCUUCAAGUUGCCCUAAUCUUGAACAAAUUGUGACUAAUACGAUGGCACAAGCAGUUAAGAAGGAGCCCCGAAUAGCGGCUUCUAUCCUUCGUUUGUUCUUUCAUGAUUGUUUCGUUAAUGGUUGUGAUGGUUCGGUACUCUUGGCUGAUACACCGACUUUUAUAGGAGAGAGGACUGCAAAAUCCAAUGCCAACAAUUCAAUAAGAGGCUUUGAAGUGAUCGAUGCAAUCAAGUCUAAUGUUGAAAAUUGUUGUAGUGGCACUGUUUCGUGUGCGGAUAUUCUAGCUCUUGCUGCUCGAGAUGGUGUUAAAUUGUUAGGAGGGCCUACAUGGACAGUACCACUCGGAAGAAGAGAUGCAAGAAAAGCAAGCCUAACAACUGCAAACCAAAAUCUUCCACCACCAUUUGCAAACCUUGAUAGACUCAUAACCCUAUUUGCCAAACAAGGUUUAUCCGCCAAAGACAUGACCGCCCUCUCCGGCGGUCACACCAUCGGCAUCGCUCGGUGCACCAGCUUUCGCAACCACAUCUACAAUGACACCAAUAUUGACCCUAACUUUGCUGUCACUCGCCAAGCAAAAUGCCCUAGAACACAAGGAAAUGGAGAUUUUAAUCAAGCCCCUCUUGAUUUACAAACACCCACUUAUUUUGAUAAUUAUUAUUUUAAAAAUCUUGUGGUUAAACGUGGGCUUUUGCAUUCGGAUCAAGAGCUUUAUAAUGGUGGUUCUCAAGAUAAUUUGGUUAAGAGUUAUAGUAUUAAUCAAGAUUUGUUUUUUAAGGAUUUUGCGGAUGCUAUGAUCAAUAUGGGAAAUAUUUCUCCUCUUACGGGUGUUAAAGGAGAGAUUAGAAAGAAGUGUCAAUUUGUUAAUUAAGUUGAUCUAGUACUAUAAUCUUCGCAAUGGUGAUACAAGAAUCGAGAAAAAUUACUUUUAAUGUAUUUUAAUUUUGUCUGAUUUACAUCUUUGAAUGGCAGAUGAAAAAAUAAUAAUGUGAUAAGUAAAAAUACCAUAGAUAUAAAAUACAAAAUUAUUGAAUAUUUUUUUUCAAAAAUAUGAAAAAUAGUUUAAGUAUAGUGAAACAACCCAAAAAGUAGUAUGAAAUGGAGGUAGUAAUUUACUUAAUUGCAUGUGAUUGAUCUUAUGUAGUAGGACUAUAUAUGUAUUAUUAUCAUAAUAAAUGUAUGUUGUGUGAUA